AUGGCGCCCAGCGGCGGAGCUCUCGCGGCGCUGCUUCGGGAUGCUGGGAGCGCAGGCUGCGCUGCACGCGGGGUGGCGGCGGCGGGGCCGACCAGCUUCGACGAGCCCCAGGCCCUCGUCGGGGGCAUCCCGAGCCUGGCCUCUCGCAUGAGGAUCCUCAGCGAGAAGAUCGCCCAUGUGUCCCAGCUGCUCGAGGCGCGGCUGAAGCCGACGCCCCAGAUGCAGAUGAUUGAGGCCGAGGACCAGGACGACGGGAUCGAGGUCGACGACGCAGACGCGGGCCCAGGGGGCGGCGGCGAUGUCGAGGAGGCCCCGGGCGCAGGGUUGGAGGCUCAGGCGGAGGCCGGAGCCGAGGGAGCGCCGGAGGCGGCGGGCCCUCCCGCGCCCGGAGCCGCUGCGCCGCCCGGGGCCGCCCCCGCGCCCGGAGCCGCAGCGGCCCCCGCGCCCGGGGACGCGCCGCUGCUCGAGGGCGGAGCCGGUGAGGCGCCUGGGGCGCCGGCUCAUCACGCGCCUGGAGCAGCUCCUGCGCCUGGAGCAGCUCCCGCCCCUGCGCACCACGCAGUGGGCGGAGCUGGUCAUGCGCCCGGGGCCCCAGCUCAUCAUGCGCCUGGAGCCCAUCAUGCAGACGGAUCCAUUCAUGCUCCUCACCCGCACCAUGCUAUGGCGCCGCUGCCGCUCGCGUCGUGGCCCCUGGGCGCCACUGCCGCGGCGCGGCGCCGGCCGCGAGGCGGCCCCGGCGCUGUGGCGCCGCAGCGGCCGCGGCGCUGCCCCCGGCGCGUCGGGCUGCACUCCUUUCUAUGUGACGUGAGGGGCGCGGGCGACGGCUCGCAGCGGGGCCGCCGCGCCAGCGCCCAGCUGUUCCUUCUGCUCGUCCUGCUGCGCGGCGCCGCCGCCCGCGCGCGUGGGCCCCCGGGCUCACUCGGGAGCCGUUCGCACGGGCGCGAGAGCAAGAAUGCUGGUUUAUUCUUUGCGACUUGCCCCCACGGCUUCUGCAGUGUUUCGGCCACCUUCCUCUCCCACCCGGCCUCGCUGAGGCUGAAGGCGUCGGCGCUGCGCUGCCGCCCCUGCUCGCGAGGCACGGACCCUGCGUUCGUGGCCCCAGCGGCGCCCCGGGAGGCGCGCUCCACGCCGGAACAGCUCUCGCCGCUCGAGGCUGGGGCGGCGGCGCCCGAGGCAGCCUCAAGGCCCGCGGGCGCCGGUGGCGCGGCCGCCCCGGCCCUCUGCGCCGCGGCGGGCCUGGCCUCCGUGGCCCUGCUGGGCCGCCGCCGCAGGAAGCAGGCCCCCUCGCCCGCGGCCUCGGACGUGGAGAGGCGCGACAGCGGUUCUGGCCGCUCCCCCGUGCGCGCGCGGGCUCUUGAGCUAGCCGGCUCUGGGCGCGAACUCGGGACCCCGCGCUCCCUGCUCCAGGGCGCCAGCGGCCUGGGCACGGGGCCGGAGUCGCCCAGCGCCAGCCCCCGGUCGCGCCGGCGUCACUGCCUGCGGCUGGGCGAGGGCGAGCAGCUGCCCCAGCACGCGCUGGCGAAGGCCCUGGAACGGCAGUCUCGGUCGCAGGUGCGUGCUACCUCGACGUGCGCCGCGCAGCGCCCCGCCGCGCUCUCCUUCUCGCUGUCCGCGAAGUCCGCGCCACCGCUGCCCGGUGCCUCGUGCGCGUGCCUCGCUCCUGUAACGAUGCUCUUGCUUCCGCCGUCCGUGCCGGAGGCGCCAGCGCGCAUCGCAGGUGGGAGCAAGGCGUCGAAGUAUGAGGAGUGGCUGCAGACGAGCACACUCUACUGCGCGUUGGUGCACCCGCAGGUCGAAGCCUGGUGGUGCAACCUGCGUGCCGCGGUGGACGCAUCGUACGACGAGUACCUGCACGUGGACCCGCUGCAGCGGCACAUCUGCCUGCAGACGUCCUGGGCAGAUGUCGGAGCACAGAGGCAGGUGGAAUGCAAAUACUGGCCCUACCUGCUCCAGGCGAUGCCUGAGUCCAUCAAGUCGCAGGCGCUCGCCACCAGACAGUUGAGCUCCAGCGAGCUCGCCUUCGCCGUGUGCGUCGAGGCGGGCCCGGGCACCCUCCAGGACAGACCGGCCACGUUGAAGGCAUGGGGGCGCCGCGGAAAUCUGGCUGCCCCGGCCCGCGGGGAGGUGUACGUCGAGAUGCAGCGGUGGAAGUUUGACCUCAUCAGGCUGCAACGCCUUGGGGCUGUCGUCCCAGACCCCACCAUCCAGCUCACCACGCUGCGCACGCUGGUGAGCAAGAUGGCCGAGGCCGACGAGGACGUCAAGUUCCAGAUGAGCAAUUGGCAACUCGUGAGGGGCCUCAGUGGCGCUGCGGGUUGCAGCCAGUCCCAGAUCGACGAGUUCUGGCGCUUCCUGGCCAGCGAGGCCCGCGAGGUCUCUACCAACGGCGCGGAGCAGCAGCCGCAGCAGGCCCAGCAGGCCCAGCAGUUGGGCAAGCAGGUGCAGGCGAAGGUCGCGUCGCUGGAGGCCCAGAUUGCCUUCAUCGAAGGGGCUGGCACGGGCGGCGGCCCGCCGCUGAAGCCUGGUUCCAAGGCCAAAGCCGGCGCGCCCCGUGGAGGGGAACAGACCAACGGCAAGGGCAAGGGCGAGGAUUCGGAGCAGCCGAAGUUCUGCGAGUUCUUCGAGUCCAGUGCUGGCUGCAAGCAGGGCGGCGCGCGCGUGGCGGGGGCCAAGGCAGCAGAGGUCGCCGCGAAACCUGGAGGCGGCUCCGACUCGGCUUCGGACCCAGGCGGCACCUGUGUGGAGACGCAGCCUGCAGCGCAGGCUGGUCAGCUUGGGGCCGUAGUGACCGCGACGGUCAGGGCUCUGGCAGACGAGGCAUCGCUGGGCGCUGCCCUGGCCGUCGCGCCCGUGGACGCGGGCCCUCAGUGGCUGGGCGGAUGGGCGACGCCGACGUCUCCGGCCGCAAGCCCGCGCCUGGCAGUGGCCGCGGCGCGGCUGGUGAAGGUCCGCGGUAAGCGGAUGCUGCUCGCCGACAAGGGCGCCACGUACGAGAUGAUGGGGGAGGGCGACAUGGUGCACGUUGGGCCUGAUACCCCUUUCCAGCCGUUCUUCCCGCUGGGGGGGGCCAUCGAGGAGUGUGGGCUCGAGUGGGCGCCCGGGGCUUGCACGCUGCGGCUGCCAGACCACAGAAGUUUGGAGUUGCAGCGCGUGCAGGGCAGCAUCUACAUCGCGGAGGACGAUGCUGAGGUGCUGCGGCAGCUUCGCGCUGCUGUGCGCUUGGCGCGCGGUCGCGCCAUGGUGGCCCAGGCAAUCAGGGCGGCAGUCUCGCUGGCGGAGCUGGCGAAGCAUCGAGCAGAAGGGCGCCCCACCUUCAUGGAGGAGUGCCGCGAGUGCAGGCUCAACGCAGGGCGCACGCGCACGCACUACCGCUGGGACCCAGCGGCCCGGCCAGGAGGGCAGCUUUCGGUUGACCUGAACGGCCCCCAUCCACCAGGGCGUUGGCCGAGUUCGCUGCAGGAGAGCGCGCUGCGGAAGGCGCAGUACAUUUUGCUCUGCGCGUGCCAGGUGUUGACGCGCGCCGAGGUGGCGCAGCAGGGCCGUCACAUCGCGGACGCGAGGGCGGCCGUGGCGGCCGGCGACGCCGCCCCGCUCGCCGAGGUCGGCGCCGGCUGCGCCAGGGCCAGCGGCAGCGCUGCUUAUUGGGGCGCCCGCGCGGAGGCGGACGACUCGGAGGCGAAGGUCCAGUACUUCACCGCGCCGCUGGAGCGCAAGACGCGCGGCAUCGGCCUCAUCAAGGGUCGCGCGAGUGCAUUGAUGUCAUUGCCGGCUGCUGAUCAGCAGCGGCUGUGGCCGUCUGCCGUGCAGCGCGCGAGCUGGCGCCAGCGGCGCGCGGCCGGGGGGCGGCCAAUUGCUCGCCCUGCCUCCGGGGGCGCCGUCGCGGCCAGGGUCAAGGACCCGCCCAAACCCGGAUUCGCGGCGCGAGGCAAGGACAUGAUCUUCCUGGGCGCGAGUGGCCCCCCCGGCCGGGCCGCCGCGUUCCGCUCCCUCUGCCUCCCGCUCCGCGGCCGGCAUUUCUCGCACGCGCGGGCCAGCUGCUCCGUGCAGCAGCUGCUUCAGAGCAGAGGUCCCCCUCAAGGCUGCUUGGGGCUGGUCUCCCUGCCCACUCUGCUGUCCGCUCAGGCGCUGGUCGGCACCGAGCCGACGCAGUCGCCCGGCCCGGGCGUGGGGCAGGUUGGCACGGCCGCGGCUUCAACGUCCACACGGGGCCAUGCGGCCACGGGCUACGAGCAGCUAUCUCCCGACAUCCAGGGCAACGAGGGGUACAAGGUGGCCAGCGGCCGGCUGGGUGCCUUCUUCGGGCUGGGCGGCGCUGGCUGUGGCGCCGCGGGGGCGCUGCUCGUCAAGGAGGCCGGCGGCGUGGUGACCGACUGCCAGGGCGCGCGGCCGAGCCGGCGCAGCCUGCUGGAGGGCGGGCCGCUGUGCGCUGCGGGCGGCGCCCAGGCCCACGGCGAGCUCGUGGAGGGACAAGCCGCGGACUGCGGGGCGCCGGCCGUUCCACUGGGCCUGGCCAGGCGCGUGUGGCCGCCCAUGGAGCUUACUCCGGUGCUCAUCAAUGCGUGCACAGUGCUGAAAGGGCAUGCGGCCGCUCGGGAUGCUGAGCCCGCCGCGGGGCAGGCAGACGCGGAGGAGGAGACGGCGCGGAGCCCCGCAGAGGACGCCGCCGCGACCGAGGCAGACGCGGAGGAGGAGGAGACGGCGCGGAGCCCCGCAGAGGACGCCGCCGCGACCGAGGCAGACGCGGAGGAGGAGACGGCGCGGAGCCCCGCAGAGGACGCCGCCGCGACCGAGGCAGUCGAGGGGGAGGAGGAGGCGCGGAGCCUCGCGGAGGACGCGGCCGAGACCCAGGCAGACGCGGAGGAGGCGCAGAGCCCCGCAGAGGACGCCUCCGCGGCCGAGGCACUAUUGAAAGCGGUGGCCGACGAGGAUACCAAGGCCAAGGCGCUCUUCGAUGAGGAGGUUGCGCGGGGCAUGGCCGAGGACGUGGAGGCGGAGGCGCUCGGGGCGCUGGCGGCUGGCGGCGCGCACGGCGAGCAGGACGUGACAGCUCCGCAGGACGCCUCGCCCGAGGGGUCACCCGGAGCGCCCGCGCGGACGCCAGUGGGCUCGGCCGGGCCCGCCGCGAAGGAGCAGCCCCAGGCCGCAGGAGCAGCCGCAAUCCUCAAGAGCGCCACGCUGCCGAGGGGCGCGGACCCGCUCAGCUUGCUCGCGAGGGGGCCGUCACAGGCCCCGUCCGACACGAGGCUGCCCAGGCAGACCGUCGAUGUGACCAUAUUGAGCGGCAUGUGGUGCGGCGUGUGGAUGUCCAUGCUGUGCCAGACGCGCAAGCGCACGGUCUUGUCCCAGUUGGGCUCCUGCCUGGCCUUGAAAAUCAGCCAGUUCAAAAAGUAUUGCAAUUUGUCGAUGUCAGUCGACACCAGCACCGUGUCGUCGGCGUGCGCCACGUCGUUGGUGCCCUUCAUGCCCUUCGAGGCCUUCUCGAGCAGCUCCGAAGAUUCCGCGUGGAUCUGGCCGGCGCGCGCGGGGCCGGCGGCGGCCGCGGGCACGCCUGCGGCGGCUGCUGCGCGCUCGGCCGCGGAGACCGCCGCGGAGCGCUCGGCCGCGGAGGCCGCCGCGGAGCCCUCGGCCGCGGAGCGCUCGGCCGCGGAGGCUGCGGCGGGCUCGCCGGAGGCGGCGGUGUGCGCGCCAGCGGCCGCGGGCCUCGCUGAGGCGGCCGCGGUGGGCUCGUCGGAGGCGGUGGGCUCGCCAGGCGGCCGCCCACUGCAGCCCCCCGUGCGGUGCGCCUCCUCCGAGAGGCCGCCGUACAGCCGCAAGCCCGCCCCGCCGCCCAUCGUGACGGGCUAUGACGACAACGUCCGGGACUCACGAGGCCUCUACACGCCCGCGCACGAGAAGCAGCCCCCCUGGCUGGCCUCGCCCGACGGCGGCGCCCGGCAGUUCAGGGCGACGAUGCCGGCCGGGGCCGAGUGGGCUGCCGCGCCACGUCCGGGGGAGGACCAGGAGAAGCGUCUGCACACGACGCUGCCCGCCCGCGCCUGGGCCCAGCAGCAGCAGCAGGGGGCGACCCCGCGGCCGUCCUCGGGGGCCACGGCGCGGCGGCCCUCCUCGGAGGCCGCGGAGCGGCCGCCCUCGGGGGCCGCGGAGGAGCGGCCGCCGCGCGCGGAGGCGGUGGAGCGGCCGCCCGCGAGCGCCGCGGCGCGGCCGCCCUCGGAGGCCGCGGAGCGGCCGCCCUCGGGGGCCGCGGAGGAGCGGCCGCCGCCCGCGGAGGCCGUGGAGCGGCCGCCCGCGGGCGCCGCGGCGCGGCCGCCCUCGGGGGCCGCGGCGCCGCCGCCGCGGCCGUGCCAGCCCUCGGACACCACAGCGCUGCCCGCGCGGCCGAGGACGGCGGUUUUUCCCGGCGGCGAGCUGGAGACUGGAAGGCGCCUGGCGGUGGGACCGCAGGGCGCGGCUCUCCACGCCAUCGUCGCGAGGUCCGCGGCGGCCCCGUGCAUCGGAAUUCAUAGGGCAAGGGCAAGGGCAAGUGCAGUGAUGUCGUCGGCGCUGCUGGCGGUGGUCAUGCUCUUCCCCCUGGCCCAGUUCCUGAUCUGUCGGCUAGUGAAGCGGUUUGCUGAGCUCUGUCGGAAGGCAGGUGAUGCAGUCAGUUCUCGGUACUAUGAGCAGCUGGCGUCCCCCUUGGUGGCUCCCAAGCCCAAAGAUGAUGUCGUGCCUCCGCAACAGCGUGUGCAGCAGGUGGCCGCGGACAUUAAUAAGAAGGAGCGCAAGCUGGAGCACGAGUUUGCCAAGCUCUGUCGUUUGCGUUCUGAGCUCGAGGAUCAGAAGAACCUGGCGCUGCAGUGCAAGUCUGAGCUUGCCGAGGCUGGCGCGCAGUACAAGUCUGUGGUGCAGGAGAUGGCCUCGGCGACGUUGCCCAAGGAGGUCGCCCCAUCUGUGUCGCAGGCGGUCAUCGAGGACGAGCAGGAGCUCGCGGCUCGCAAUCAGACUUUGUCGGGCUCCAUCAAGGAACUGGCCUCCAAGCUCUUCGAGGGUGCUCUCGAGGCGUCGGCCGCCGCAAAGGCCAGCCAUGAGGCCAGCGCGUAUCAGGGCCAGAGGCUGAAGGCGAGGGCGCGCCAUUCUUGUUGCCUGAGCUCGCAGUUCUCUGUGAUGAAUUCAUUUCAGGUGCUGGGGCAGACCCUGCCAUUCGCGAUAUUUGCGACUGGAUGGAGCCCCGCGCCUUUGUCGCCAACGCGGCGGUCUCCAGAGUCCGAGGUCCCAGGUCCAUGGCCCCGCCAGGUCCCGGCCUUGUCCGAGUCAGUUGCCCUCGCCAUCUGGACUGUGAGCGCCAACGCUUGGGGCGCCCUCCUGGACCUUCUGGAAUCGGAGCCCGACGCGCACAUCUUGCUGGUCCAGGAACAUCGUCUGCGGGAUCCUGAGGUGCGCGCUCUCCUGGCUGAGCUCGAGGCUCUCGGGGCCCGCGACGGCAUGUCUACGUGCAUAGUGGAGUCGCCCAAGGCCAAGGUGGGCGCGGUCGCGCGCAGCGCGGCUUCCUGGAAGGAGCGGCUCCAGGAGGGGCUCGACUCUGGUGGCAUGCGUGCCCGCAUUGCUCUUCGGGGCCCCGUGCCCUGGAAGGCGACGACCACCCUCGCCGAGGACCUCAAGUUCAGCAAGCUUUGGGGCCCUAGCAUGGGCCCCGACUUGGGCCCUGUGGAAAUCAGUGAAGCCUUGCCGCAGCUGCCCCCCAACGAGUUGCGCAGGCUCAGCCGCUCGCGCAGGUAG